AUGUUGAGUCAAAAGUUGCAAGACUAUGAAGAAGAUUUGAAAGCUCUAGCAGAUGUGAUAACAAUUGCAACAGUUGAAGUCUAUAAAAACGUUUCUGCUAAAUUACUGCCAACGCCGGCUAAACUACAUUAUGUUUUCAAUUUGCGAGACGUUUCGAGAGUAUUCUCGGGCAUGAUGCGAAUCACAAAAAUGUACCACGACAGUAAAAUUAUUUUAUGUAGGUUAUGGAUCCAUGAAUGUUUCAGAGUUUUUCAUGACCGAUUAAUUAAUGAAAAAGAUCGAGAAAUUUUUGUGAGCAUUUUAACUGAAAAACUUGGAACAGUUUUCGAUUUAACCUACCACAAUAUAUGCAAGGACAAGAUACCUCCUGUGUUUUGUGAUUUUAUGAACAAAGACAAAAUAUAUGAAGAUCAGUCUAACUUUACUUUAUUGAGACAACAUUUAAAAGAACAAUUGAAUGAAUACAACAAACUGCAUAGGAACAUAUAUAUGGACUUGGUUCUUUUUAAAAAUACUAUUGAACAUGUGUCAAGGAUAGUUCGUGUGGUCAGCAGGCCUCGUGGAAACAUGUUGCUAAUUGGAAUUGGAGGGAGUGGUAAAAAAUCUUCUGCAAAAUUUGCAGCCUUUUUGUGCUCAUACAAUAUAUUCUACUUUGAUGUUAAAAAAAAUUAUACGUUGGAAAAUUUUAGAGAAGAUAUUAAAGAAGUGUAUAAACAAGCAAUUUUAAGUAACAAAAAAAUUUUGGUUCUCUUGAUGGAAAAUGCUAUAGGGGAAGACAGUUUUAUGGAAGAUGUAAAUAAUUUGUUAACUUGUGAAGAUGUUUCUGAUUUCUUUUCCCAAGCAGAACUUCAGCAAGCUACAACUCUUCUGGAAGAUAAAUCAAAGGAGUCGUACAAUUUUGUUGGUCAAUCAUUUCACAGUUUUAUCAUGGACAGAUUACAUAAUAAUUUGCAUAUUUUGUUAGGGAUGUCUCCAAUUGGAAAAAGAUUUAGAAACAGGAUGAGAAUGUAUCCUUCAUUGAUAAAUCUGGCAAUUAUUGAUUGGUUUGGCGAUUGGCCCCCAGAAGCUUAUUUGGAAAUAGCUGAAAAAUAUAUUGACGACUGGCAAUUUUAUGAUGAGCAUGAGUUGAAACCUUCUCUAGCCAAAAUGUUUGCUUACAUGUUCAGCUCUGUUUCACUAUUUGCCCAAAAAUCUAAAGAUGAAUUCAGAAUUAAUAUAUAUGUUACUCCAACUGUAUAUUUUGAAUCUAUGGAAUGUUAUAAAACGUAA